UGUUCACCUGAGGGGGUGAAGGCUUCUUGAUUCAGUUCUAGUGCCUUGUCUUUAGGCAGAAGCUGUUUUCUGGAACGGCAGUAGCCGAUGGUGUGAGGCUGUGGGCACUGUGUGAUUAUUCUGUGUGCUCAUUCCAUAUUCAGUCUGUAGGAAUCUGUGACAUUCCAGAUUUAGAUGUCUCAAUGGAUGUGUGGAGCUACUUCCAUACUUGCCUGGUGUCCGUAUGGCUGCAGAGAUUUUACAUCUAUUCUGCUGUUGCUUUUGGGAUCAGCCUUUGGAUUGUCGUUCAGUUCACCAGCACCAGAAUCAAAAGGAAGGGUGAGAAAUCCCAUGGGAAUCCCUCUGCCCCCGAGGGAACAACAGACAAACUGGGAAAUGGAUGUGCCACCCCCCAGGCACAGGAGGUCCAUGUUGCUGGAGUGAAGAUUUUCUAUGGCUCUCAGACUGGCACAGCAAAGAGAUUUGCCAAAGCUCUGGCUGAAGCUGUUAUGUCCCUCAAUUUGCCUGUGGAAGUCAUUAACAUGGGAGACUAUGAUCCAGAAGAUGGCUUAGCAGAGGAGACAAGCAGCAGGAACAUCUGUGUGUUCCUGGUGGCCACCUACACUGAGGGGCAGCCCCCGGAGAGCGCAGCCUGGUUCUGCAAGUGGCUGGAAGAGGCAGCCAGUGAUUUCCGUGUUGGGAAAAGCUUCCUGCAAGGCCUGAGAUACUCAGUGUUUGGGCUGGGGAACUCGGCCUAUGUGGAUCACUACAACACAGUUGGAAGGAGGAUGGACAGGUGGCUGUGGAUGCUCGGUGCCACCAGGAUCAUGACGAGGGCGGAGGGCGACUGCAGCGUGGCCCAGAGCAAGCACGGCAGCAUCGAGGCCGACUUUGAGGCCUGGAAAGCCAAAUUCCUCACUCGGCUCCAGGUGCUCUGCAAAGGUGAAAAGAAGCCCUGCAGUGGGAAGUGCAAGAAGGGAAAGUGCAAAUCUUCAGGGAAGCAGAGCAAGGAAAGCUCAGACCAUGAACCUGGGACAUCAGAACACGAGGACACUGAGGCAGAGGAAUUGUUUGAAAGCAGUAGUGAGGAGGAAGCUGGAGGCACAGAUUCUGUCAUCGAUGUUGAAGAUCUUGGCAAUAUCAUGGGCCACAUGAAGAAAGCAAAGAGAGAGCGGGAGCUGGAGGCAGGAGCUGCUGGAGCUUGGAGGAAGGAGGAGGCUGAGAGGAGAGAGAUGAUCACCCCAGCCCUGAGGGAGGCACUCACAAAACAAGGUUAUAAACUCAUUGGGAGCCAUUCUGGAGUGAAGCUGUGCCGAUGGACAAAGUCGAUGCUGCGGGGCCGUGGGGGCUGUUACAAGCACACCUUCUAUGGCAUUGAGAGCCACCGCUGCAUGGAGGCCACCCCCAGCCUGGCCUGUGCCAACAAGUGUGUCUUCUGCUGGAGGCACCACACGAACCCCGUGGGCACCGAGUGGCGCUGGAAGAUGGACCAGCCCGAGGUGAUCCUGCAGGAGGCCAUGGAGAAACACCAGAACAUGAUCAGGCAGUUCAAAGGCGUGUCAGGAGUGAAGGCAGCUCUCCUGGAGGAGGCCCUGGCAGUGAAGCACUGUGCCCUGUCCCUGGUGGGGGAGCCCAUCAUGUACCCACACAUCAACCGCUUCGUCAGGCUCUUGCACCAGCACGGCAUCUCCACCUUCCUGGUCACCAACGCUCAGUUCCCCGAGGAGAUCAGGAGGCUGGAGCCUGUGACCCAGCUCUAUGUCAGUGUGGAUGCCAGCACCAAGGAGAGCCUGAGGAGGAUUGACAGACCCCUCUUCAAGGACUUCUGGCAGAGGUUUCUAGACAGCUUAAAGGCCUUGGCUGAAAAGCAACAACGCACUGUUUAUAGGCUGACCCUGGUGAAAGGCUGGAAUGUGGAUGAGCUGAAAGCUUAUGCUGACCUGAUAUCCCUGGGGAAACCAGACUUCAUUGAGGUCAAGGGUGUCACCUACUGCGGGGAGAGCCCUGCCAGCAGCCUGAGCAUGGCCAACGUGCCGUGGCACGGGGAGGUGCUGAGCUUUGUGCAGGAGCUGGUGCGGCUGCUCCCGGAGUACGGCAUCGCCUGCGAGCACGAGCACUCCAACUGCCUGCUGCUGGCACACUGCAAGUUCCAGGUGGAUGGAGAGUGGAGGACCUGGAUCGACUACGGCCGUUUCCAGGAGCUGGUGAGGGAGCACGAGCGGAGCGGCGGCUCCAGGAGCUUCACAGCAGCCGAGUACACGGCCAGGACUCCUCCCUGGGCCCUCUUCGGGGCCAGGGAACGCGGAUUCGACCCCUCCCACGUGAGAUUCCAGCGGAAGAACAAGGCAGGGAACAUCUCGGGGUGCUGAGGCUCGCCGCACCCUGAGCCUCCCAGGAUUCUGCCUUGGGCUGACACCAAUUCCAGAUCCAUCCACCUGCGUUAUCCUGGUGUUUGAGAAGAGGGUCAAGCCUGGAUUUAACCCUUCCUUCCAGGCCUUCCUGGAUGAAAACACUGAUAACGUUGUUAUCUCGGGACAGAUCAGAGCCGGUUCAGCAGCAGUGGGGAGGGGGCAGUGCUGGGGUCUCCUCAGGGGGGAUGUGGGGCCCGAGGGUUCCUUGGACUCCUGUGCAAGGAGAGCCUGGCAGCAAAACAUUCCACAUCCCUGAGGGAAAAUGCCAGGAGAUUUCAGCCCCACAAGGUUGGAUCGGGGCAGGAGGGGCUACAGCCAGACCUGGAUCCAGAACCUGAUCCCUGCUGGGAGCAUCAUUUUAGGGACUUUGUUCAGUUAAACCCUGGUGCCGUUUCCUGUGAAAACCCCACUCCCAAGAAGCCAAAACGGGAAUGUUGUGAGAGCAGCCCUAUGGAUACCAGCUUGUGAUACCUC